AUGCUCAACCAAUCCGACCUCUUUAGCGAAGUCUUGAACGGUAAAGCGUUGGCCAUCAACUUCAUCGCUAACAAUCGCCAGUAUAAAAUGGGAUACUAUCUUGCCGACGACAUCUAUCCGAAGUGGCCAACCUUCGUGAAGACGUUCAACAGGGCGGCCGAUGAAAAACAGGCUCUUUCUGCGCUGAAGCAAGAGGCUGCUCGCAAGGAUGUGAAGAGAGCGUUCAUGGUUCUCCAUGCUCGAUUCAACAUUAUCAAAGCCCCGGCUCGUACGUGGUUUACGCUCGACAUCAUGUAUACGUGCAUAAUCUUGCACAAUAUGAUUGUCGUUGACGAAGGACCUGAGCUAAGAAAUUGGUUCUACCCUGAAACCCCGCGAAGCUCUACCGCAAGUAGUCCGCCUCGCAGUGGAGUGCAUCCUUCUUUGCAAGAGCGGCUGUGUGUUCGGACAAGGACACAUGAUUCUAUCGCCCUCGCCCAACUCCAGGAGGAUCUAGUGGAACACAUUUGGGCAAAAUUUGACACCGUUAGACGCACAUGA